CCGGAGAUGGAGGUUUCGCACGCUGGCUCGACCAGCAACGCAACUUCUUGGCCACAUGGCCCGGAUUGGAGUUCGUCAUGCCCGAGGAAGUUGGACCUGUGGUAGAGCACAAGGACGCAGAGGGAAGAGGACCGUUGGGACGGAAAUGGAAAGCGCACCUGUGCUUUUGCACGGAUUGCAGGCUCUCGCUCGGUCAUCUUCUUCCGUCUUUCAUUUCCGUCGAUAACGACUAUAUUACCUGGCUCGAGAAGGGGACGCUGAAGACGUACGAUAGCUCCCCGGAGAAAGGCACCCAGCGACUGUUUUGCGGCAAGUGCGGGGCGAGCGUCGGCAAGCGUCUUCCGGGAAGAUCGGAGCUGGACGUGAACCUUGGAAUGCUAGAGCUGGAAGGUGAAGGGGAGGAGGGCGGGAAAGGUGAGGGAUUGGCGGGCGUGUUACGAGAAUGGACGGUUUGGGAGAAACCGAGGUUUAUGGCGGAAGCGGGGGAUGGGAGGUUGAGGGAUGAGAUCUUGUCUGGUAUGAAGAGGGAUGGGUUCAUUCUGGACUAGUAACUAUUUUGAGUGCUUUUAGGAGGCUGUAAAGGGUUGUUGGGAGGUUUGUAAAAGCUAGUGAGG